GGAACCCUCAUUUGCAGCCAGUGAAGAAGAUUCAAUCGUCCCGUGAGCGUGCGUGCGUAUGUUUUGGGGUUGAGCCAAGCAGAGAGUGAGUUUUUCGGUGCUGGGGGCAACAUCAGUGUGGCCAGUGUUCCUCCGUUUGCCGCUGCGUGCGUGGAGAUAUGUUUGUUCGAGCGUAAUUGUGCCGCAAAGCAAGUGUGUGCAAGGAGGCCCCCGAGCUGGUAGGCCCGUUCGUCCGCGCGCGCUUGUGUGAGUGAGUGAGUGUGUGUGUGUGCGCACUCCUCCCCCGGUGUGAGUGUGUGCAGUGUGGGUUUCCCCCCUUGAUUUCGUUGUUGUUGUUGGAGCAGCGCACUGUUCCGUUGGAAGGUGUGCUGUACUUUAGUGUGAGUGGUUGUGUAUGUGUGUGUGUGCGCCUAGAAACGCGUAUGUGUCCCACCCCAGUUGUGUUGACGUAGCGGUGAUUUUCCCAUUGCCAGAGCACACCGCCUCCCACUUCCUGCAACGCGCUGCACUUUUUUUCGGCAACCAUUUUGCUGUGUGAAGUGGAGAAACAGGAAAAACAAAAAAACACGGAAAAACACCCCAAAAAAAAGCACCGUUUCAACACCUUGCGAGAAGGAGAGGGAGAGCGACGAUCGGAACGACUAACCACCAUCGACAGGCGAAGCAGAGGGGGAAAAAGCUGGAAUUGAACAUCGGCAAACAAACUACUAAGCAUCAUCGCACAACAAACAGAGCAGCUCCUCCGCCGUUAUCUCGCUGGAAUAUGGUGCACUGAGAGGAACACACCACAUCAGGAGCAAGGGAGACGACGUGGACCCGCGGAAGAGAAAGUGGAAGCGUACGGUGUGUGGCAGCGCCACAGGCCAUCAAACACACACAGACAGAGAGCGACCAGCAGAGCCGUGUGUGUGUCUGGAGGUAGUUUCUACAACACCUCCUCCCACACACACACACACACAAAGACCACUACCCGUUUUGUAGCAUCCCUCUGCUUCUGGGCAACCUUAUCGGAUAAGAAACAAAGUUCAAAGCCCGCCUCAACAUGGGGAAGCUGCUGUCGAAAAUUUUCGGCAACAAGGAAAUGCGAAUCCUGAUGCUGGGACUGGAUGCUGCCGGCAAAACAACUAUACUGUAUAAGCUAAAGUUAGGUCAAUCGGUAACCACAAUUCCAACGGUCGGCUUCAACGUCGAAACCGUAACGUACAAGAACGUCAAAUUCAACGUGUGGGACGUUGGUGGGCAGGACAAAAUCCGACCCUUAUGGAGGCACUACUAUACAGGUACUCAAGGAUUAAUUUUCGUGGUGGACUGUGCGGACCGCGACCGGAUAGAUGAAGCGCGGCAGGAGCUGCACCGGAUAAUAAAUGAUCGCGAGAUGCGGGAUGCGAUCAUACUGAUAUUUGCAAACAAGCAAGACCUGCCAGAAGCAAUGAAACCUCACGAAAUUCAGGAAAAGCUUGGCCUGACGCGAAUACGCGACCGGAACUGGUACGUGCAGCCCUCCUGUGCCACCACCGGCGACGGUCUGUACGAGGGACUAACGUGGCUAACGUCCAACCACAAAUUAUGAGAAUAAUUGUAAGCAUCGCAACGGGACUGGCACACUACACCCAUUCGGACCUGCUGCUGCUGCUGCUGCUGAGCGCCCUGUGGUGGUUGUUGCGAAGCCGUCUUAGCAGCAAGAACAUCCCACAAAAUAGACACACACACACC